GAACCGGGAAGCCUCGUUGCGUACUGCGAUGAACCACCUCGGGACGUAGUGCACAUCCCGUAUCCGAACUAGUGCUGAGACCCUCCAAUCUCCCUCCUGGCGCGCCGAGAUGCCGAUACUUGUACGGUAUCGGUGCCGUAACAGGGACUUGAAUUCCUCCGGAUUUCGGUUGGCGUCUGCGGCUGCAGAUCGACAUUUCCAUGGCUGGUAAGCUCCCCCCUGGGGUCGCGCCGGUCUACGAUUGGGUGGGAUGACGAUGAAACCCGCAGAAACCUUUGUGAGAUGCCGACCUACGAGUAUGAAGCAUAUCAUCAUUCUUUUUUGAUGCCCUCGGGACGCUUUUUUCGGGCUGCUGUUCAUUAAGCCUGCUGUAAACCUACGUCAUAGCAUUUAACAGAAAUAUAAUUCUUGCAGUGAUAUGUCGGAGCUCUUGCCUACCGUCAGUACUCCACGCCCCCUAAAGUUCUCUGUGGUCUUUCAAACUCGGCUUUUCUUUUAUUCCCAUUUGAUAUAUUGGUACUAUGGAUCCUGAGGAAGGCUACCUUGCAACUGUCGGUGGUGCUGCGUCGGUAGUGGCGGAGGUGGCUCCCCUGUCUGAGAGGGCAAAGGUACCUAUCCCGAGAGGUAGAGCAUUGAGCAGCAGAGCUGCAGAACGAAAGAACAAGAGGGCAUCUCAUGCUUGUGAGCCGUGCAGACAACGGAAGACUAAGGUAAAAACAAAUGAACGCGAUAGCGGGCUAUUGCUAACAAACAUGAUUUUUAUAGUGUGAUGUGCGAAGGCAAGUCGACUGCCCCAGGCUCCUCGGGUUUCCUUUUGGAUAUUUUUUCUCUCUCUCCUCUCCACCCUUAUUGGGAUAUCAUCCUAACUAAUAGCCAAAGGCCAGUGUGCACCCACUGUGCUGACUACAAAAUAAAUUGCUAUUAUGGUGAGGGCAAAAGAGAGAUGGCGAGGAAGUAAGCUUUUCUCCGUCUGUGCCCCUUUGAGCAUGUUACCUGUAUCUGAAGGCAAGGAGUGGCAAUGACCUUUUCUAGGCGGUUACAAGAGCUCGAAGCGAGAACAGAGGCUUACGAGAAGCUACUAAAAGAGCUUCUGCCAGGAUUGGAUAGUGCCGCGCAAGUAACUGUCCAAGACGCCCUCAAAGUAGUGAGCUUCCCCUUUUCAGAUUGUACGAGUGCAUGCAUCUCAUAGUGAUAUUUGCUCCAGCCGCGAACGACUUCUGGAGCGGCCAGGAAAUCCCCUCGCGAGCCAGUCAUACAAGAGAGUCAACGCCCAGCUCGCCCUCUUAGUAGCGACUCGGAGUCCUCGGAUGACCGGGAUUCAGAUGACGAUCCGGACCACCUUGCAGAGGAUAUCAACACGCUUUCUAUUAACAACCCUAUCGGGUAUAUGGGCAAAAGCUCUGAGGUUUUAUGGAUCAAUCUUCUGAAGGAGGAGAUUAGGAGUUAUCCUGAUGGCAUUCCGGUCGAGAAGUCGGAUCAGUUGGAACGUAGCGCAUCGGGACAAGGCGAAGAAGCCGGUAAGAGUGGUCCACUGGAACCUCUCACCCCAGUCACUACUCCUUCCCCGAAUUUUGAGCUAACCGAAAAACAUCCCUAGGAUGGACAUACCACCUUGAUGACAUUGAUAUCUCCUUCUCCGACAAGCAAAUCGACGCCUACGCUCUCCCGCCAAAAGACUUGGCAGACUCGCUGGUUAACAUAUACUUUGAGACAGUUCAUCCCUUAUUCCCGAUCAUUUAUAAAGGGCUUUUUAAGCAUCAAUUUGAAGUGCUUUAUCAGACCCGGGAUCCUGCAAAGGUUGCUAGAAAAUGGCUCGCAAUAAUGAACCUGGUGUUCGCGAUUGGGGCGAGACACUUAUCCAUGAUCGGUGAAGACGAGGCAGACGUCUGGCAACAUGUAACCUUCUUUCUCCGUGCAAGGCUCUUGGGAGCACUGGAUGGAGGGCUGGUGUUUGAGAUUGCUACCCUCCAGAAUGUCCAGGCGAUGGGACUAACGGGGAUGUAUUUACUGGCUAGUAAGCAAACAAAUCGGUAGUGUUCGCCACCUCUCGAGCUAUUUCGCUACUGAAUCGCUAUAUGGACUGCUGAUAUUGGGUGCUUGAAAUGAUAGUUCCUGGAAUGUUGCAGGGCUUGCGAUCCGUCAUGCAUAUGGCAUGGGCCUCCAUCUCCGAACUGUAGCUUCGACCCUUGACGCUGGCCAAAAGGAAUUGCGUGUUCGGGUUUGGUACUCUAUUUGUUACCUAGAGGCAACCCUCGGACUUAUUACAGGGCGACCGUCUGCGCUACAGGCUCACCAAAGCAAUGCACCGUUGCCCAGGUCAAAAGACUUCGACCCCGAAUCUGGUCCUGCGCAGGACGCAUAUUUCACCGCGCUUACUAAGCUGUCGUCAAUCGCAUCCGAGGUCCUAAGCCAGCUGUAUUCCACGCGAAGUAGGCUUGUGAUGCAAAAGAGCUGGGAGCAUCUUCAGGAGACCAUGGAAAGAACUGACAGACGGUUAGAAAGAUGGAAGAGCAAGCUGAUCCCGAGUUUGUCGUUCGGUGCCGCCCCGGGCAACAUCGACAAUUACAACAAUUUUAUGAGCCAGGUAAACUUCUCCCAUCCCUGCAAACUUUUUGUCCUAAAUUCGAAUAGAGGGUCGACCUUGCCCUUCGUUACCACAAUAUUAGAAUCCUGAUAUUCCGCCCAUGCGUCUGCCAAUUAGAACUUGGCGUUGCUAGAGAAAUCGGCUUUAGUCAAGAAUUCAACCGUUGGGGCGCCCGCACCUGCGUCAGCUCUGCCCGGAAUAUCGUCUCUAUCAUUACUAAUACAAGUGGAGAUAAACGAGAGCAAUUGAUGAAGAUCCCGUGGUGGUGCAUGCUGCACUACCUAGUCGCUGCUGAAGCAAUCCUGCUUCUUGAAACGAUUCACCAGAGGGCUUCGAAAGUCGACGGAGGUAUUUUCGGUGAUAUGUAUCAAGUUGUCAAGUGGCUGCAUGAGAUACCGGGAAACGACAUGGCGAGUAGGCGGACGCACGAGCAAUUGAGCAAAUUGUUGGAACGAGUAUUGUCGAUUGUAGAGAGAGAGACCGGUGAUUCGGGGGUCCGGGGAAACAAGAGCGAGGAGUCGGGGCAAAAGGACAAGACAGGGUGGCUGAGGGAUGACUUUGCCCUUCAUAUGGCAGAGCAAGGGCACAUGAGGUCCGGGGACGAUCUAUGGGAUCUUGAGAGGAACUUUGAGAUGCAAUACUUUUAGGGGCUAUUUGGCACGACGUGGCUGGGAUCUCAAACCAUGGUUUGAGCCUGGGUCAUUACCCGCAACCACUUGUACACUUGGUAGACAUGAAUUACAAACAAUGGUUUGCUACAACCU